AUGGAUCUUUCAUCUAAUUCGAAGUGUAGUUCCGAUUUCAGUAUAGACAGGAUAUUGAGUGACGAUUCUAAGAGCAGAGAUCCAGCGCCUAGCUGGCUUUGCUGCACGAGAUACCAACCGCCGAGGUUACCACGAACAGGUAGCGUCUGUCGGUCACGGCGGUCAGGGCGGCACGCGCGAGUGCCUUUCACGGCUGCGCAGGCGGCGGCUUUGGAGGCCGCGUAUUCGAGAGCACCGUACCUCGCACCGCCCGCGCUUCGAGCUCUAGCCUCUGCCUUACAACUGAGAGACGAUAGGAUUAAAAUAUGGUUCCAAAACAGAAGAGCUCGCGAGAGAAGAGAAAAAUGUGUCACUAUUCCACCACCGCACAGUACACCUCUACUUUCCAAUCAGCGUCCAUCGUGGUUUGUUCCUCAGCCCAGUGCAGAAUAUGUAAGGCAGCCUAAAGAUUUAUACCCAAAUCAAGAUAUACACGAAGAAUCAUGUAAAAACGAGUCCGAAGAUUCAAAUGAGAGUAUUUACGAAGCAGAUUUGGAUGUUGUUACUUAA